AUGGAGGAAUACAACGGUCCAGACUCAUCGGGGUCUCCCGAUCAAACACCCCGCGGCCCCGAGGUGGGCCAUGCCUGCAACUCCUGCCGACGACGCAAACUCCGAUGCUCAAGGGAGCUGCCGACCUGUCAGCACUGUCGGAAGACGGCGUCCGAAUGCCACUACGAGGCGAAGCGGGCUAAGCCUGGCAUGAAGGCUGGCGCGUUGGAUAAUAUCCAUCGGAGACUUGAUGCCGUGGAACGAACCUUGGACAAACAACAGGCCAAGCUGGAGAGCUUCGAAGGAGCAGAGCUACCUCGUGGAAAGGACUCGGCGGUCCGUACCAUCCUUUCUUCGCUCGCUGCCGGGCUUCAGAAGCUUGAGCAAUCUGGGAGCUUGGAUGCUGGGCCUUCAAAACGCCGACGGAUCGAUGAAAAUGGAGCACACUGCGCAGUCCGGUCAAUUGAUCUCCCGCCUAUACCGGAGGACGACAUUCUAAGCCAUGUUCUCGAGGCAUACUUCAUCUACGUCCAUCCGUGGACCCCCAUCAUCCACGAAGGUCGGUUCCGUAGGCGGCUUGUGGACGAUUCUGAACGAGAGAAGCUGUAUCUCAUUGUUCAGUCUAUGAUGCUCGUCGCACGGAAAUACGUGGAGGACGAUGAUACCGCGACAUACUUGGAGAAAUCGAUGGGCGACACGGGCGAUACAAGAGAUUGGUUAGUAUCGAAGGCCAUGAAGCACCAAUCGAUCGAGAGUCUGCAGGCGCUCAUCAUAGUCGCCUCCGACGACAUCAGUAGCGGUCGGGCCUCACGGGCAUGGCCUCUUGUGGGCUCACUGUCACGCAUGGUCGACUAUCUUCAACUGACCACUGAACAUGAUGAAGCAGUGCAGCAUCCUUUCUCCCAGCCCUACAGGCUAUUAUCAGCACCUACAAAUUGGACUGAAGCUGAAGAGAGACGGAGGAUCUUCUGGGCGGUUUUCGUUCUGGACCGAUUCUGCUCGGUGAGCAUGGGAUGGAACACCAGCCUCACAGCGGACGAUGUCCGACGCCGGCUGCCGUGCGAUGGAAUAACCUGGCGCAAGGAGAAUCCUGUGGUGACGCCCUACUUUGGCAUCUGGGAUAAGUCUGCCGGUCGGAUCGGGAAUCCCAUAGCCUUCCUCCCUACUCAUCCAACCCCAGGCCCAGCUCAACCCCGACCGGAGGAAGAAACAGAUGCUCCAUCAGAGGCCGGCACUUCUCCUGGUACGCUUUCGGCUGUCGAUAUGUCAACCGUCGGAGCCUAUGCCUACUGCAUCGAAGCGACGGAAUCCCUAAGCCGCGUAACGACAUACUUCUUGCAGCAGAAAGUCAAUCUCAACGACCAAAAAGAGUUCGGCGCCUGGCUUACCCGGUUCAAAGAACUUGAUCUUCGUUUAGUCCACUGGAAAAUGCUGCUUCCUCAGAAGUGGACGGUGAAUGUUGCGCAACAGGGCUCAACAAGGAUGGAUCCUAAUCUCACGCUGGCCCAUGUCACUCACAAUGCAUCCAUGAUUCUGCUGCAUCAGCCAAUCGCGUUUCCUCUCCCUGAGUGGCCGUUCAAGAGCCGACUACCAAGCUUGUGUAGUAUGGAAACCUGUCAGACGGCGGCUGUUGAAGUCGCGUCCAUCACGAAUCACUACCUCAAGAGCUCGCUGCCAACUUCGCCCCUAAGUAGCCAGUUUGCAUUCUGCGUGUUCAUAGCAGCGAGGGCUCUUCUGCUGCACUGGAAGCACAGUCCAAGCCUAGGCAGUGUGGCACCAGAGUUCUGGGUCCUGAUCCAGAGUCUCGACGCAAUGGCAACACGCUUUGCCGGCGCCCAUGCGCAAGGUCAUUCCAGCAAUUUACCAGCCAAGUAUUCAUCCACGUUGAUAUCCCUCCAUCGAAGAUGCUCCCAAGAAUCAUUCCAGCUCAACAUCGCUGGGUAUACCACGGAGAUAUCACAUGCAGAGGCUGCCCUGCAACCGCCGUCGAAUAUCUUGCCCAGUGAGCCGUAUGUCCCAGAUAUCAACACGAGCCCGCUGCUCUCUACUCAGGCCGUUCUCCCAGGUCGCCAAUCCGUCGCUCCCAGUCAACGGCUUGCGGCAAGUCCUCACCUAGAAUAUCAGAGUCGUAGUUCCAACAAUAUACCCCCGCAGCCAGUCUUUGAGAGCCAGAGAUUACCCUCCUUAACACCAAACGCCUUCUCUAUGAAUCUCGGCAUUCCAAACGAUGCAAAUGACGCUAUGCUUCAGCCGGGCUUGGAUUUGAGCGCUGGUACUGAAGACGGGAUGUCAAUCUCGCAUAUGCUGCUGGAUCAGCAGUUCACCGGCCUGGAUCGGGUGAUCAGCUACAGUGACGGACUGUUCGGGUCAGACUUUGAGGGGAGAAGGUGGUAG